CAGGUGAUGAGUGUCGCGAAACCAAUAGUAUCAUUAGCAUUCCUUUUCUAUGCUGUAAUUAUUUUUCGAUAUAAAAGGCCGAACAAUCCUUGAUUUUUCAUUAUUACUUCAAUAACACUUUUGUCUAUCGAAAAUAUGUCGAAAUUCGUGUUUCUUCUCUGUGCCAUUCUCUUGACUGGGGCAGUGUACGCAGAAGAAAAAGAUGAAGAAGAGAAAAAUGUCAAUGCAGGUAUUGUCGGUACAAUAAAAAAUGAAGUCGUUGGAGUUGUUGAUUUAGCAAUUUAUCAAAUCAAGAAUUACGGUCAUGAUGUUAUGGAAACAACAUUAGAUGCAAUUAAAACACUUAACGAUGAGGCAUUAAAUAUUACGAAAACUGUUGUUUACAGAAUCGCCGAGGCACAACAAAAUAUAAGAGCCGAGGUUAAUGAAGCCCUAAAGGAAGUGAUUGGACAAAAUGUAACCGAAUGCGAGCAAAUAGUCGAUACUUUUGACCAGACUGCCACCGCAGCACAGGCCGAGGUAUCACAAUGUAUGGAUAAGGUACUAGAGAGUGCUAAUGGCUACAGUCAAAAAAUGAGACACAGUAUUGAGGUAAUUGUGCAAAAUUUGACGGUCAUUAAAGACGAGGCCAUUGACUGUGUUCAAGAUAUCAGCACCGUACGUUCGAGCACCAGAGCCUUAGUUUGUAUCCAGAAGACUGCUGUGAAAGGAACGCUCGCAACGACGACAAACGUUCCCAAAUUUUGGGCAAAUUUUGGAAGACUAGCAUUCAGGGUAUCAACACUAGGACCGGAACUAUCAUUUUGCUCGACUGUGAAUGGAGUUAAAAAAGUCAACGCCGGAUCGCAAACUGUCGUUCAACAAGUUCGCGAGUGUAUUAAGAAAAAAUUGUAAAUGAUAAUUUAUUAUAAAAUUAAGUUAAUGAAUAAUUGUAAACUGUAGUUGAAAAAAAGUAUAAAGGUCUAAAUAA